UUGACAGCUGUCACUGUACGCCGAGGUCAAGGGGAGAGAAGCAUGGCUGCGUUGUUUAGAGGGUCGCGAAAUGUAUUGUUAAGGUGGAAUAAGCAUGUCGACCUUGCCUUCGUGUCAUCACGAUCAAUGGCCUCAAAAACACCAGUGGGGUUUAUUGGUCUGGGAAACAUGGGCAGUCCCAUGGCCAAAAACCUGUUAAAAAACGGUUAUCCUGUUAUUGCCACUGAUGUCUUCCCUGAGUCUUGCAAGGAGCUGCAGGACACUGGUGCCCAGGUAGUAGACUCUCCAGCAGAUGUGGCCGAGAAAGCAGACCGCAUCAUCACUAUGCUGCCCUCCAGUCCCAACGUCAUAGAAGUCUACAUGGGCCCAAAUGGCAUCCUCAAGAAGGUGAAGAAGGGAACGCUGCUGAUUGACUCCUCCACCAUCGACCCCGCCGUCUCAAAAGAGAUGGCAGUAGCUGCAGACAAGAUGGGGGCCGUGUUCAUGGAUGCUCCAGUGUCAGGAGGUGUGGGAGCUGCCAGCCUGGCCAAACUGACCUUCAUGGUAGGUGGAGUGGAGGAGGAAUACAACGCUGCGCAGGAGCUGCUCACCUGCAUGGGAGCCAAUGUUGUUUACUGUGGACAGGUUGGCAGUGGACAGGCAGCUAAGAUCUGCAACAACAUGCUCCUGGCCAUCGGGAUGAUUGGGACUGCAGAGACCAUGAACCUUGGCAUCAGACUGGGUUUGGACCCAAAGCUGCUGGCAAAGAUCCUCAACAUGUCCUCAGGUCGUUGCUGGUCCAGCGACACAUAUAAUCCAGUCCCCGGCGUCAUGGAGGGAGUCCCCUCUGCCAACAACUACCAGGGCGGCUUUGGAACCACACUAAUGGCCAAGGAUCUUGGUUUGGCUCAGAACACUGCCACCAACACUAAGACACCCAUCCCUCUGGGUUCCCUCGCCCACCAGAUCUACCGAGUCAUGUGCUCCCGCGGUUACGCUAACAAGGACUUCUCAUCUAUCUUCCAAUUCCUACGCGAGGAGGAAGGACAGUGAAUGGAGGGGGAUGUUAACACCACAACCACACACCCCAGUGCCCGUUAUCCCACUAUGCUCAGGAGAGACUAAGGCCUUGCCCUCAGGCACAGAUCUGCGAUCCAAUUAACAUACUGUAUGUCGACAAAUGUCUCCUCAUAGCAUUAGCGGAAUCAUAUUUCCAAUUCAUGGCUCUCCCUUUGCAAGGGGCGAAAUGCUAAAACUGACCUUAGAUCAGUAUCUAGAGACAAAGUUUAAGGCUGAGAGGCCAGAGUGGAAAAUGGAAGGUAGGAUGAGGCAGUGCAGGUACACGUGUAACAAUGCAAAUAAUGUGUUUUUUCAGGAUGAUUCAUGAGUAAUGACUGCAUAAUUGUUCAAAAUAUGUUUUUGUGGGGUUUGUGCUUUUUGCCUGUUACCUAAAUUACUCUGACCUGCCCGUGUUAAAAGAAAGAGGACAGAAAAGGCAAAAAAAAGUAUUCACACAGUGAUGGAAAUUUCACUCAAGAGAGUACAAGAGAUUGCAGAGUUUAGGGUACGAUUUUCUCUACUAGAAAACAAUCCCAUAUUCACAGCACUACAUGUUAGGUAACCAAAACUGGCCACCCUGUGGGCUCAUAGUUUACUCGUUUUGUUACGUUUCACUGUUUUUUGCAGGAAGUCGGUGUCAGUCAGUCACUUAUGUGUCACCUGAGUCAUCCUGCCAGCAUAUAUACUUUCAUUUGUUGAUUUCAUUGUUCAUCACCCAAUUUAUUUUUACAUUGUGAAUACACUAGUUACAGUAGUUUGAUCUCUUUGGUACAUUUAACAGCAUUUAACUUGACACUUACUGGUUCUGCUCGUUUAUUUACUGUGAGAUAUAUCUGGUUAUUUUUGCACUGUGUGCAUCGCAGUGCGAUGUGCCGGCUAUUUUGAUAUUGUUACAGAAUAUCUUUGAACUCACCUCUCUUCUCUACUGUCUACAUCUGCUUAUCGAGCCACUGGAGUAUUAUUUUGUGACCAACACUGUUAAAAUUUUAUACUGUUCUCUACAAAAUAUUGUUCUCUGUGUCAGUAAAGUCUAUCGUCACAUAGUCAGUCUCUCUCUCUCUCUCUCUCUCUCUUUCUCUCUUUCUCUCUCUUUCUCUCUCUCUCAGCUCGUAUGAAAUCAAUGUAAAAUGUGAGGAAGGGUUCCUCUCUGAUGUACAUAAUGUAUAUUUCAUACUGUUGUGUAGUAUUGAAGAGGAAUCUAUAUGCACGUCAUUUUUUUUUUUUUGUAAAAUUCAUUAACGGUGUCUACAGUUUGUCUUUGCUCUGUGAAACAGAUGUUCGGUCACAUUGUAACCUUCAAUAAAAGAUGUUUUGUGUA